AAAGCGGCAGGAUUUAUAUCGUAAUUCUGCCAAUUGCUUUAAAUUUUCCCAAGAGGAAAAGGGAAAACGUCGAUAAAUAAAGAGAUCGGUUGCUGAUUAUUUGCUGAGUUUUUUGUUUGAAGCUUUAACGGAUAGCCGAUCUCACUUUAACAAUGACAACUUCACGGAGGCUUGCUGACAGGAAAGUGGAGAGGUUUGAGAAGAACAUAACAAAGCGAGGUUCUGUCCCUGAGACCACUGCAAAGAAGGGCAGCGACUACCCUGUUGGCCCUAUCUUGCUUGGGUUUUUCGUUUUCGUUGUCAUAGGAUCAUCACUCUUCCAGAUAAUCAGGACGGCGACGAGCGGAGGUGUUGCUUAAACCUGAUGGUCGAGGGAAGGCAGAGGUGAUUUUGUGGUUAUGUACUAGUUUAGUUGUGAAGCAACAUAACCUUGCAGUUAUGUAGUUUUAAGACUCCCCAAGCCUCUUCUAAAACAUUCGAAUAAAGUUUUUUUUUCUAAUC